AGUUUAGCAUGCUUGCGUCUUUCGUAGGAGCGUUGUUGCAAUCUUGAAUGUUUACACCUGUUAUCACGGAGCUAAUGGUUUAUGAAAUUUAUGUGCUGUGGUCAUUUUUCGAAUAGUUGCUCGCAGUUCAUGUUUGCAAAAGUGUCUCCCACCUUUUUGCGUUCGUGGAGCAAUGUUCAAUAACAUUGUACGGUUCUUGCCAACAGGAGUUGUUACAAAUCUCACGGCAGCUUAUUUUAAAGUUUCAGCUUGGAAAUCUGUAGGCUUCCGAGGCACUCAUAGUAUAACUCAAUCAGAAUUACUUCCAAACAUGAAGGUCCAGGUUCUGUCUGCACUGCAGGACAAUUACAUGUACUUGAUUGUGGAUGAAGCAACAAAACAAGCAGCUGUUGUUGAUCCUGUGGAUCCUGACAAAGUACUACAGGCUGUACAGCAGGAAGGAGUGAAUUUAACAACUGUUCUUACAACUCAUCAUCACUGGGAUCAUGCUGGAGGGAAUGAAACCAUUGCAAAGAAAGUGGCAGGACUGCAAGUUUUAGGAGGUGAUGAGCGCGUGGGUGCACUCACCUGGAAGGUCAAGCAUGGUGAUGAGUUGAAUGUGGGUAAUCUCCAUAUUCGCUGUCUGGCUACUCCGUGCCAUACUUCUGGACAUAUAUGCUAUGUAGUUGGUGCACAGGGAGAGCCAGCACCUGCUGUAUUUACCGGUGAUACUCUUUUCAUAGCUGGUUGUGGACGCUUUUUUGAAGGCACACCACAACAGAUGUACCAUGCUCUUGUGGAAGUACUAGGAACAUUGCCUGAUGACACAAGGGUCUUUUGUGGCCAUGAAUAUACAGUUGCCAACCUAAAAUUUGCUGGACAUGUUGAACCUGCCAACCAAGACAUCAAAAGAAAAAUGGAAUGGGCACAGGGAAAACGUUCAAAGCAGGAACCAACUGUGCCAUCAACUAUUGGUGAAGAAAAGCGAAUAAAUCCAUUUAUGCGUGUACAUGAGUCAUCAGUACAGAAGCAUGCCGGAUUAAGUGAAGCAAUUGCUACAAUGGGAGCCAUCAGAAAGGAGAAAGACUCUUUCAGAGCAUAAAAAUUUCAGAAGGCUUAUAAAAAGAAGAGCUUGGUUCAUCUAAUGAAAGUUGAAGGUAUGCAUUCCGCCAAUUAUCUCCAUGCUGGUCAAGGCAGUCCAUCAAAAAUCUGAAGAAAGAACUCUAUAUUCAGAAAAUUAACCUUUAAAAUCUUAGAACUGUGAAUGGCCUUACCCUGUAAAUAAAUAAGUAGCUACAGAAAAUAAAUUUAAUGCCUAAUA